AUGAAAUUAUGGGAUUCUUUCGAGUUUGGAGAUCAAGGGACUAUGGACGAAACUAGUCCCUUUGACGAUUGUUUCAAACUCUCAAAGAAACAACGACUUUAUGGUUUUGGAAUCUGCUUUGCUCUUGGUUUUAUUAUAAGUAUACUGUCUACGCUUUCAUUAUUAACCUCAAACAUUACUGGCUUUGCCAUUUUGUAUACUAUUGGAAAUGUUAUAUCUCUCAUGAGCACCGGCUUCCUUGUCGGGUUUAAAAAACAAAUAAAAACGAUGUUUGCCCCAGUUCGCUGGUUUGCUAGUUUAAUUUAUCUUGGAACCUUGGUGCUUACAUUGGUAGUCGCGUUCACAGUACAACAAUCUGCCCUUAACGCAGCUGAAAAGUGGAAUUCUAUGUAUUAUUUUAUGCUUUAUUCAAUGGUUGGCAUUAUUUUGGUAUUGGCAAUGCUAGUUACAUACCCUACGGAAGGACUAUCAUCAAAAAAUUGUUUGGAAGUUGUGUUGAUAGUGUGGUAUAAAGUUGAGGUGUUUGAUCGUUUAUUUCAGUCUAUCAUAUUUCCAUAUUUUAACAGCCGAUAUUUUUGA